AUGCAAAAAGCGCCGACGGCGGGGCUCGAUCCCGAGAUCGUUCAGGCGCUACCGACCGUUACUUUCUCCCGCGAAAAACUUCACGACGGCUGCUGCGAGAGCUUUCGCGAGUGCGCGGUGUGCCUUGGCGAGUAUGAGGAUGGGGAAUGUAUCAAGACUCUACCGUCCUGCGGACACAGAUUUCACGCCACGUGUAUCGACAUAUGGUUUUGCGCGCAUACCACGUGUCCCAUCUGCCGAUUCAAUCUGAAGCCCCCGAAACCUCCGGGCCAGCAGGAAGACUCUCAGGGUCCGGAGACGGAUGCAGGCGAUUCAGGCGAUUCAAGCGAGAGACAUGCGACGGCUAACGACGAGGUGGAUGCGUCGGCGACAGUGAAUGAGACAACAGCGAAUAGCGUUAGCAUUCAGAAUGAUACGAGUUUGGAUGAUUCGAGGAGGAGGAAGGAGUUGAGGCGGUUUUUAGGGGUGACAGAUGAGGAGGAGGAUUUUGGGUUGAAAGAGGGGAGGGUUGAUUGGGAGGUGGGGUUGGAAGGAGGGGAGAGCAGUGGAGGUGACAGAUUGUGUGUUAGAAUCGAGGUAUAA